AUGGCUAAGAAUAGAAAGGUUUCUUUUUUUUAAAAGUAUUUUUGUUGUGGAACACAGUCUGACAUCUAAGAACCAAAAACAGCACCAAACACAUAUAUAAUAACAACUACAUUUUGUGAAUAUUUGAAAUCAAAUAAAAAGGAUCUUACGUUGUAUUCAUUAUAAUUUAUGGAUGGUUUUUAUCAAGAUAAGACUAAAAAGAUAAAAACAUAGCAUUCACUUAAAGAUUUGUUAAUUAGUGAGACACUUACAUAAAUUACAUAAUUUUCAUGUCCAAUAUGUUUCAGAUAUUUUAAUUGUAUAUUUAUAAUAUUAACAAUUUUAGAUAUCCUAUCAUCAUGUUGUUGUAUUAAUCAGAUAUGCCAUAUAUGUGCCUUAGAAUUUUAAAAACCAAAGUGUCACUUUUGUUAAAAUGAAAUUUGCACCUACAUCGACACUGAUUCAAAAACAUAAAAAGUAUAUACAGAUUCAUAAGGAAUGCAAUUAAUAGCCUUAUAAUUACAAAAACAUUGA